UUUUUUAUUAUGACUGAUAUGUGAAAAUUAACAAUCUAUAUGUGUAAACCUUUUUUGAAUUACAAAAAAAUAUUAAACUUGUUUAUUCUGAGCUUAAUUUUCAAGGUGUAUAAAUAAAGUUUAAAUACAAUUUAUCCAAUUAGAAAAAUGUUUUGAACAUUUCGAAGAGGAAUUUAUACUUUCUGUGAUAAUAUCACAAGGUAGUAUAAAAGUUCAGGAACUCCUGAAUUUCUUAAUAAGAUGUGUGACUACAGAUCAAGGAAACAUAAAGGUUACAAUUGAUCAUACCUUGAUAAGAUUUCGACCCAUGAAUUAUAUUUUCCUGUAAAAUGCACAUUGCAUCAGCCUAAUAAAAGGGUGGGGAAGGGAAGUUAAUCGUGUUUUUCAUCACUUUUUGCUUCUGUUUACAUGCAAUGUUAAUGUCAUGCUAUGAGUGCUGUUUUAAUUGGAAAGAACAUUAUUAAUAGGAUGAGUAAAGGACACUUAUUUUGUAAUAUUAUCAAAUUGUAUGUUAACCAUUUUCAGUAAAUAAUAUAUUUUUACCAAUUUUUCUAGCUAGCUAUAAUACAUGGAAACAAAGUAUCAACUAUGGAUGAUACAACCUAUCAAAUUAAAAACAUGACUAAUAGUCACACAUUGAGUGGACAAGAUAUCUUAAAAUACAGAGGAUAUGUGAGGAUGAAAUGAUAUUUUCACCACACACAACAUGAAAAGUAUACUACUGAGUAAUGUUGGACCUCCGCAAAGAUGAUAAUACACUGGGUGGAAAUAUUACAGCAUUUCAAAAUUGAAUAUAAUUAAAAACUGCUCAUAGAAAUGGCAGAUAGGCAUAAUAGACACCAUAAAAGCAAAACCUCCAGACAUCACAGGGAAGAUGACAAUCAUAAAUCCAAGUCAAGGAAACGAAAACUUUCAGCAGAAUCCAAUACUCCACCAUUACCUACAGGAGCUAGCAUAAAAGAAUUAAUAAGGGAAAGAAAAUCUUUACAGAAAAAACUAAAGAAAAUGAAUAUUAAAUCUGAUAGUAAAAUUCAAAAUAGGAAAGAAUCUUCUAGUGAUAGAAGUAAAAAAAGGAAAAAUAGCAAUGAUGGCAGAACUCAUAGAAAAAGAAGAAAUUCGAAACAUGAAAAUGAUUCUAAAGAAAAACAUGUAAAAGUUUCUGUGCAAGAAAUAUCACCAGAACAUAAUUUGGAUUAUGCACAAUCAGAAUCCGAAGAUGAAGAAUCCAUUAUAGAACAAAGAAGAAAACAGCGAAAGCAAUUACUAGAAAAACUAACUAUUUCAGAAGAUGUAAAAUGUAAAAAGAAAAUAGAAUGUAAUUUAGAAGAAAACAAAUUUUUAGAAUCCAAUAAACCAGAUAAAUCAAAUGUACAAAUUUUAAAUUCUGAAGAGAAAACAAAUGACAUGUUUUCUGAAAAGGAUGAUUUUGCUGACAAUAAAUUUAGUAAAGAAAUGUUGAAUGCAAACAUAGACAAUACUAUACAAUUGAAUGACAAUUGUAGUGACUCAGAUGGAUACUACAAUAUAAGGAUUGGAGAAGUUAUUGAAAAUAAAUACACUGUAAAGGAUAUUUUAGGACAAGGUGUCUUUGCUAAUGUUGUCCGUGCACAAGAAAAUGGUGAUGGAAAUAAUUAUGUUGCUAUAAAGAUUGUUCGUAACAAUGAUCUAAUGUAUAAGACAGGUUUAAAAGAAAUUGCUACUCUCAAACAAAUAAAUGAUGCUGAUCCUGACAAUAAAUAUCACUGUGUAAAGUUUUUUGGGAGUUUCAUGCAUAGAGGACAUUUAUGUUUGGUUUUAGAAUCACUGCAUAUGGAUUUGCGUUGUAUUCUAAAGAAAUAUGGGAAACAUCAUGGUAUCAAUUUAAAAGCUAUUACAAGCUAUAGUAGACAAUUAUUCAUGGCUGUGAGGCUGUUGAAGAAAAUUGGAAUAGUACAUGCAGAUAUCAAGCCUGAUAACAUUUUGGUUAAUGAAAAGAAAAAUAUACUAAAACUGUGUGAUUUUGGCUCCGCUGCAAAUGUGAGUGACAAUGAACCAACACCUUAUUUGGUAUCGCGAUUUUACAGAGCUCCAGAAAUAAUACUAGGCUUACCGUAUAAACAUGGUAUAGAUGUAUGGUCGUCAGCUUGCACAAUUUAUGAAAUGACUACAGGGAAAAUAUUGUUUACUGGAAGUUCUAACAAUAAAAUGCUAAAAUGUUUUAUGGACUUAAAGGGUAAAAUACCAAAUAGAUUAAUAAAAAGAGGAAAAUUCAAAGAUCAACAUUUUAAUUAUAAUAACAAUUUCUUACUGCAUAAAAAAGAUGAGAUCACUGGCAGAGAUAAAGUAGUUGAAACGGCAUGCAUUAACCCUGUAAGGGAACUGAGCAGUGAAUUGAGAAAAAGUUGCAAAUAUCUUGGUGAUGAAGAAGAUAGAAAAUUGCAACAACUAAAAGAUUUAUUAGACAAAAUGCUAAUGUUAGAUUCUAGCCAAAGAAUAUCAAUUACUGAUUGUUUAAAACAUCCAUUUAUUCAAGAAGAAUUAAAAAAGUAAUUUCCUAA